AUGAGCAAGAUCCUUGAGUAAGAUUUGUAGAGUAUUCCUGAAGCGGAGCGGUGCGGUGUCUUGUUUCUGCGAACCAUCUCUUUCUCUUCCUUCCAAGUUGCCACCGAGCGCUGAGCCACUUCGGUUUUUUCACUGUUGUUUUAGUAUCCAAUUCCAAAUGAAUACCCAAUACGUCAAGCAACUGCUCCGUAAUUUCUAUUCUACCAAAUUUUUUCUCAACAGAGAAAAACCACAUUGGAACUAUAUGCAUAGGGUUUUUAACCAGCUUCAAUUGCAAAGGUCAAGAGCAGACAAGGUAGAAGAUAAGCUAAAAGAAGAGCAAGAAACACAACAGAUUUCUUUCAAAUCUGAAGUGAAGAAGGCGGAUGGAAAUGAUGGGAUUAGCAAAUACUCUUCUGAUGAUGAAGAUUCCUUGGAUAGUAAGUGGAAGUUGGAGCUGGCUUGGCUUACAAAAGCACUUGAACCAGCUCUGCAAUUUUGUAGGUGGGCUUUGCCAACAGGAAAUGGAAUUGGAAACAAACCCCCACCAAGCAAUCGAUCCCUUACGGAAAUAAUUGCCUGCAUCCAACGAAGCAAGAUUGGAAUCCAGGAUUGGAGCUUGAGUGACCUUACAAUUGGCUUGUAUCUGAUCUAUCUUCGUCAAGCUUCUACACAUCCAUUUGAAGAUAUCAAAGGCAUUCAGAUAUUGUCAGAAUCCAUUGUUCAAGAUCUCAUAUAUCAUAUUGAGUUGGCUAAAGGUGCUUAUAGGGAUAACCCUUUUAGCCUUUCAAGGAACUGCAUGCUACGAGAAAGUAAUGUCAAAAAAUUUGUUAAAUACUCCAGCGUAAUGAGGCCUGCAUACUAUAUAGGGGUUGAUACCCGUAAAAAGCUUGUAAUUUUGGGCAUUCGUGGCACACAUACUUUUUAUGACCUUAUAACUGAUAUUCUUUCCUCAAGUGAUGGUGAAGUCACCUAUGAAGGCUAUUCAACCCACUUUGGCACUGCUGAAUCUGCACGUUGGUUUCUCUGUCAUGAGAUUGAAAUAAUAAGAAAAUGCUUGGAGAAACAUGCGGGAUUUAAGUUAAGACUUGUGGGUCAUUCUCUGGGAGGUGCUAUAGCUUCUUUAUUGGCAAUAAUGAUCCAUAGAAAAUCACCAAAGGAGCUGGGUUUUAGCCCUGACAUUGUAUCUGCUGUUGGAUAUGGAACUCCACCAUGUGUCUCUAGAGAACUUGCUGAAAGCUGCUCUGGCUAUGUAUCGACAGUUGUGAUGCAGGAUGAUAUUAUACCUAGAUUGAGUGUAGCUUCCCUUACAAGGCUCCGAAAUGAAAUUGUUCAGACUGAUUGGUAUCAAUGGCUUCAAAAGCUAAAUAUGCUUUUGGUAGUUAUCCAAAAAAAAGGUUUGAUCAAAGUAUAUGAUAAUUUCUCCAGGAUGAGUGUAAUUGAGAAAGAAGACUGGAAAAGUGUUACGGAUUUGGUUACAAAUGCAAAGCAGUUUGUGUCUUCAGUGCAAGAUGUAGCUCGCAGACUUGCUGAUUAUGCAAAUUUCAGGAGAAACAAAAGUUUAGCUGUUGGUACUGCUGAUAAGGAGUUGCCAGUUGCCACUGAAGCUCCUCUGCCCUCCAAAGCUGCAAAGGAGAAUUCAGGUGUCACGAAAGUUGAGGGAACUAAACCUGCAGUGAUCGAGGAGUUAUUUAUACCUGGGACUGUUUACUAUCUUAAGAGGAACCUGGCAUCCCAAAAUGUUGGAAAGGAUUUUUUCACCCUUUACAAAAGGGAGCCUGGUGAGCAUUUCCAAAAGGUAAUCUUUUCGGGGAAUUUUAUCACAGACCACAGAUGUGAUAGCCAUUAUUAUGCUUUGAGAGAUGUCCUUAAAGGUUUGCCAUGGUGUGGAAAGGAAGGUAUAUUUAAAUAGAAAAUGUUAAUUAUUUUAAUUUAAUUUUUCCAUAUCAUUUUAUUGUAAUAAAACUGUACAUUGUGUAACUAAUUUUCUGUGCUUUGGGGGUGCCUUACAGUUCUUUAGUCUGUGCGGAGGUGUUAACAAUAGCACAGUAGAUUAGAAGUUUGGCAAUUUUGGCUAAAUACAUUAAAAAUUGUGGAUAGUUUGGUUAUAUCCUAAAAAAAGAAAAUGCUGAUUUAGUCCUGUAGCAAAUAAUAUUCGAUCAUUGUUUCCUUAAGGACUGUCAUGCUGUAGUUCAUGUUUUUGAA